CCUUGAAACAGACACGCAAGGCAAGCAAGCAGGUGAGCGAAACGCAAAGCAAAGCAAUUAACAAUGCCGUUGCCCGCUACAGUUACUCAUUUCUCAGGGAUUUUCUUAUCCACACUCACCACCGCGCACGCUUCCUUCCCUCCAAAACGCAACCUCUCUCCGAUUCUCUCUCACAGUCGCAGAGACAUUGCUCUGCUUUCCAUUCUCACCCUCUCUGCACCUGCCUACGCCUUCGAAUUUGGCAUCUCAGGACCAAAGGACUGGCUCAAAGAGCAGAAGAAGAAGGCCUCCAAGUUUCUACUGGCCCCAGUCGAUGCUUCCCGGGAAACCCUUCGCUCUGCCUAUCUCUUGCUCAGUACGGAAACCGACGCAGCUUUCACCGAUGAGGAUUUGCAGAAAAUUCAGCAACUCUUCACAUCUGCUGCUAGGGAUUGCGUUCCACAGGACAGAAAUUCUUUCGUCGCUUUCCAAGCCAAUACCGGAGUCGAGGUGUGCACGUUUCGGUUGGUUGUGAAGAAUGCAGCAUCCUUGCUUGGAAAUAAAGAUUCUGUGAAGUUGAAAGCGGAGGUUAUGUUAGAUGAUCUUAUAAGAUCUUUCACAUCUAUCAGUGGGUUGGCAAGCGAAACUAACAUUCAACUUGCAUCAGAUAGAAAAAAGUUAGGUGAUGCUGUAUCAGAUACAAUAUCUUCUCUUGACAAGUUUGAGCAGGGAAUCAGGGAUUGCCUUGAAAUCUGACUGUAAAGGAUAGCUUAUCCUAUUAACUGGAAAUUUGAUCUUUAAAAACGGAGUCAUGGAAUCUAUUGGUGCAACCGGCUAUUUUCUGCUGUCAUCAUUGUGUGCUGAGAAUAUCAAAAUAUGCUUUUGCCCUAGUUCAGUUAUUGCUUUCAAGUUCUCUCAAUCUAAAGUCUGUAAGCACUUGUUAAUACGUAUUUGUUAUGUUUAUUGAUGCAUUUAAUCCUCUGAAUUGUUUCAUAGAUAAAAA